CAAAAUACAUUGCAUUGUCACCAUUGUAUACUUACUUGAAGUUCGUCUUGUGAAGAAGUGCCUUCCAUUGCCGAAUGUGACAUGGACGAACAAAACCAAACACUACCAAUGGAUGACCUCCUGCAAGGUCUGGAUGUCAGACCGUUCCUCAAGCGGGACCCUUCUUUGGGAACAAUAAUGCAAAGCCUCUUCAAUCAAACUGAAGAUGAAGGUGGAAUUGUACAAACACAGUUCGAGGUUUCUAUGCUGGACCCGACGUUGGGCACACCGUACCCGUAUCCGGCACAAGCAGCCUACGGUAGCCCUGGCCCAGCAUCGCCGGCGUCUACUAUCACCUCGGCCGCCUCGGCGGCGUCACCACACCCGCAGUCCAUGCCUGUGACACCGGGCCAAUCAGUGCCUGCUCCCUACCCGGCAAAUGUCAACAGUGCUGGCGAUUACGGCUUCACUCUCGAGUUCUCUGAAGAGAUGAGACGGGAGCCUGUUAACAAGUCAUCCAACACUUACUCGCCAACUCUGCAGAAGCUGUUUGCAAACCAAGAUUCGCCGUGCCCGUUUACAUUCCGCACAACUUCACCUGUUCCUUUCGGAAUGGAGUUACGCGCCACGCCUGUUUUUACACUGCCUCACGAUAUGUCCAAGGUUGUUCGCCGGUGCCCAGCUCACAUGCAGGAGUUCCAGGUUGGCGGAGCUGAGGCGCGCGAGCAUUUGAUUCUAGUUGACCCGCCAUGUCAUUGUUCGUACCGUACUGAUGAUGGUCGCCUGUCUGUCGUCACACCCUACGUCCCUACAAGCAUGGAUCCGGAGCAUCCUAGCAUGACAGUCGUUUAUCGGUUUGCAUGCCAUUCAAGCUGCAAGGGCGGCAUGAAUCGUAGGCCCAUUUCCAUCAUAUUCACUCUCGAAAAUCAAGGCCUGGUGUACGGGCGAGCUACGUUAAAAGUUCGAUUGUGUGCGUGUCCGGGUCGUGAUCGGAUAAAGGAACAGGGUGGCAAUCGUGAAGCGCCCAGUGCCGAUGAGGAGGCUCCCACUCCUGAACCACCGAAGAAGAAAAGGAGAGGGCGUUCAUCUACUAGUGCCAGUUCAAGUACCAGCGCAAACAAUGUAGCGGAGGCUGCCGCUGUCGUUCAGUCUGCGCCUGCCACCACAACAUCACAGAAACUAAUGCAGUCUGUCCUGCUUGAGGAAGAGGAGGACGAUGAUCAAAUCUAUACUAUUGCGGUGAAAGGCAUGAACUCGUACAGAUUGGUGAAACAGUUUGCAGAUGCUGUUGAGCUGCUGAAUGAAGUGAAGCAUCUUGGCGGUAACAUGUCUGAUAUUCGCCAGUCCCUGCUGACAACUCGAGCAGCAGAAGUGGCUGCCAAGACCGCUACUGAACCAGUGUCUCAACAAGCGCCCGAGGAGGAAGUCAGCGCUUCACAACCGCUUCCAUCCUCACAGCCGUUUGAUCUAUCUCAAUCGCAAUCUCAGCCGCUGUCCAGCUCCCAGCAAUCGAGUGGCUCUGCGUCGGGCAGGCAUGUGCGCUUCACACUGAAACGCACAAUAACGCCCAGAAGCAUUUCUACUACGUAGCAGAAUAUGUAAUGCAAGCGAACCACCACCGUACAAUUAGACAUUAGUAUGUACUUCAAUAUGUCUCGUGCUCUUUGUACUACUUAUCUGUGCCCACGGGCUUUGCUGGGCAUGUUUUUGAUCAAUGAUGUUUCUGUCCAUCUGUUCUCCUUUUGCAUAGCUUUUCUACUCCGUCUGAGGUCUACAUUCCAUGUUUGUUCAUUGUCCUGCUGAUGCGUCUUCUCUGUUGAUUUGCGAGGUGUUGAUUCUGUUUGUAAAGUAUUCGGCAAGUCAGUUAAUUUUGUUGCGUUCUAAGUUCUUAGUUUGAAGGUACACCAGCGCUCUUCCCCCAAACAUACCAUUUGAAUAACACAACACACAGUCAUGUUUCUAGGUACAGUUUCAUUUUAUUCUUCAAACAGUCCGCAUUUCAUCUUAGGUUCUAGCUGUUGUUUCUUUAGUUUUGCAGCCCGUGUAACGUUUAUAUACCAUUUUGGAAUGUUUUAUGACAAUAAAUGGCUAUGUUCGCAGGUAUUAGUAAAAAAAUACAGGUAGUGAUUGGUCUGCUUUUUUUGUACAUAUCUCUCUCGCUCACCCUCAGCUCAGGCCAGAAAGUAUACAUAACUGUUACAGAGACAUGGCUUGCAAUAAGAGAAAAUCUGUGGGUGCACAUCCAGUGCAUUAAUUUUGCAGA